CCUUCAAACACAACUACCUCAAGUCCUGUCAUGGUAACGCCUGUCACUUACAUGAGCAACCAGACGCCAACAGUCAGAGUUUCAACAACCACUGGUGGCACCACAGUCAACAGCUACCAAACAGAGCCUCCAUCAGCGACACCGUCAGUUAAUCACAUCACAGAAAAAAUUCCAUCCGCCAUCGAGAAAUCAUCCUCAACAAAUGUGAACCCACUGACGACACUAAUCCCAGUCAACCCAACCACAGCUUCCAGUACAAAUUUGCUAACAAACGACUGGACGCACACCACAGUCCUGCCCUUCACUGCUGCGUCUGAUCCCAGCUCGGCCUAUCAGGUGUCAGCCAGUACCCACACUUCUCCAAUUACAACUCUGCUCGCUGACCAAACCAAGCCUAGAAAAACAUCAGGGUCACCAUUAGUAAAUUGUGACAUCAGCCAACUCUGUUCCAAUAACAAUGCUUACUUCUGGAUGCUGAUAAGUGUGGAGACCCAAGGCGUCAGUAAGACUGAACAAGAUGUUCACAACUUGGUGUCAAGUGCGUUUGGUUGUCACAGUGACGGAGGUGAUGCUGCGCAAAGUGUAACAGGCUUUAUAGAUUUCUGUCAGGAUGACAGACGACUUCAGGCAGUCCAGGUGAACUGCAGUGCGAAAAGUAAUAUAAGACAAACAACCUGCGCUGUGCUGUUGCAGCUCAGCCACGCUGUCUCAGCGUGUGAACUGCAGCGGGCUGGAGUCUCUGCACUGCAGCAAGCUGGAGACGAACAAAUACAAGCCAGAAUCACAGGAGAGGUGGAGAGAGUCGGUCGGGAUGUUUGUGAAGAUGUGGAGUCCUCCAGUGGCGGCUUUGUGAGGUGCACGUCCACAUCCUCCCUGGAUGAAAUCUGUCGGGCAAACAAACACUCAGAGCUUACAUGCUCCCUCAUAGAGCCCGACUCCAACCCCGCUCCACAGGCUAAGACAGACUCCUGCAGCAGUGAAGCGCCUCACUUUUGUGACUGCACCGCUUUCUGUAACUCUGCAAGCCAGUUUUUUGCCCUUAGAAUCAACAUUAACAGUGCCUCUGUUAAUGUUAACCUUCUACAAGAAUUGUUGUCUGGACUCAGUAUAGCUCACACAUGUGCCACAAUGUCAGGGUCAGUGUGUCAGGGUAUUUUAAGGCGAUACCAGCGUGUGCAUCUGGAAUGCCAUGGGACACAACAGAGGUUAUACAGCUGCAUGGUGAUACUGGAAAUGUCUGGACCUGUUGAUGGUUGCUCCCUGAAUAAACUUUUGCAACAAAUUAUUGACAGUAACAGUGACAUAACCAACGAAAGGCCACUUACACGCAUGGUGGUUUGUGGUGCGCCCGGUUUGGCUCUCCGUACUCUGUUGGCGUCCAACCUAACCUGGGUUGCCAGUGACCUGCUUACUUCUGAUGUGUGCCAGCCUGAUCCCACUCUGCUAAAAUGUGAGGUAAAUGAGAGCCUGGCUGUACUUCUGACUGACAGCUGCCCUCCGGAGCCUUCCACAACCACGAAAAGCAUUACGCAGCCUUCCACUCUGACCACUAGCAAAGUCACUACAACACCUGAAUCCUUAUCACCAUCUUCGACCAACACAAUUGAGCAACCUUCCACAACAUCUGAAAAUACUGCAACAGUUCAUCUGACAAAUGCAUUACAGGAUACAGCUCAGCCCAACAUGACAACUUCGCUCUCAACAGUUGACAGUACACAGUCUUCAACAGCACCGUCUGUCCUCCAAACCAUCUCACAAAACACAACUGUGACUGUCUCUGACGGGACAACAAUACACAAAACAACUUCCUCUGAUAACACAACGCUCUUGACAACCAGUGAAAACUCAAAACUGCAAAACACAACCGCACACCAAAGCACAACAGAAUUCACAACAUUAUCCCCUUUUAACUCAACAUUUCAAACGAGUACAGCUGCUCACACAACCAUACUGUUUCCCAACCACACAACAGUGCACAAUGUAACUACAGUUACAUCGUCAAACAAUCACACAACAGUACACAAUGUAGCUACAGUUACAACAUCAAACUAUUAUACAACAGAGGACAAUGUCACUACAGUCACAGCUUCUAACAAUCAUACAACAGAGUACAAUAUAACUAUAGUUACACCAUCAAACAAUCAUACGACAGAGUACAAUGUAACUACAGUUACACCAUCAAACAAUCAUACAACAGAGUACAAUGUAACUACAGUUACACCGUCGAACAAUCAUACAACAGAGUACAAUGUCACUACAGUUACAGCUUCCAACAGUCAUACAACAGAGUACAAUGUAACUACAGUUACAGCUUCCAACAGUCAUGCAACAGAGUACAAUUUACACCGUCAAACAAUCAUACAACAGAGUACAAAUAUUACAACAGUUACAGCUUCCAACAAUCAUACAACAGAGUACAAUGUUACUACAGUUACACCGUCAAACAAUCAUACAACAGAGUACAAUAUAACUACAGUUACAGCUUCCAACAAUCAUACAACAGAGUACAAUGUAACUACAGUUACAGCUUCUAACAAUCAACAUACAACAGUGUAUAAUACAACUACAGUUACACCAUCAAACAGUCAUACAACAGAGUACAAUGUAACUACAGUUACACCGUCAAACAAUCAUACAACAGAGUACAAUGUUACAACAGUUACAGCUUCCAACAAUCAUACAACAGAGUACAAUGUUACUACAGUUACACCUUCAAACAAUCAUACAACAGAGUACAAUAUAACUACAGUUACAGCUUCCAACAAUCAUACAACAAAGUACAAUGUCACUACAGUUACACCGUCAAACAAUCAUACAACAGAGUACAAUAUAACUACAGUUACACCGUCAAACAAUCAUACAACAGAGUACAAUGUAACUACAGUUACAGCUCAAACAAUCAUACAACAGAGUACAAAUGUAACUACAGUUACACCGUCAAACAAUCAUACAACAGAGUACAAUGUAACUACAGUUACACUGUCAAACAAUCAUACAACAGAGUACAAUAAUUUCACAACAGAGUACAACAUAACUACAGCUGACACCAACAUGAACUUACGCAAUGGUACAAUUACAACAAGCAACGCAACAGUAAGACCAUUUUUCACUUCUCCCAAUCACACAACUGUGAACAAUGUAACUACUGUCUCUACCAAUUACACCACUUUUACUGUAUCCCAAAAUGAAACAACUGCAGAUAACAUUACCACUGCACCAAUCAGGGAAAACGACAAAAAAACUGGUCCUUACAAAAACAUAACAGUGUCUACUGCUGCUAGACAAGUUAACGUAACCCUUAACAACGCAACUAUAUCAACAAAAAAUUCAACUGUGGACAAUGUGACGCCUGGUGUCGACAACACCACUGAACCCACAGUAGCUCCACUUAACAACCAGACUGUAAAUUACACCACUGUGGGAGUGACUCACAACAUUACAACAACCAACAAAAAUGAAAACUCCACCACAGCUACCACUGUCAUCAGAGCCAUCAUCAGCUCAACUGAAAGCAGUUCAACCACAAACUUCAACCUGGCAACCAAGGGACCUGAAGUUAAUUUAACAACCAAAGCUGCAACUACUUCCCUUGGAACUACAACUUCAACAACUAGAACUAUGCAGAGUACAUCCCUUGCCCAGACUGAUACUACUACUGCAAAGCCCUCCUCGGCUUCUUCUACAACAACUCUCCAAACCACCACCAACACAAAAAAACCUGGUACUGAAACUACCCCCACAACCAUCGCAGAGACAGCUCAAAGCCUGGAGGACCAAGCAGAUGAGCUGGUGGACCAAACACAGGAUGCGUCUCAGCUCAACACCUCUCAGAUUGCACAGGCGGUGGAGAACUUAGAGAAGUUUCUGGAGGGCCCCACUGUCUCUCAGUCAGUUGGACAAAAGACCCUCAAUGUCAUUAGCAACCUGAUGGAGGGUGACUCAGAGGCGCUCUCUGCAUCUGCAAACAGGCUGAUUCAGCUGGUAGAUGUCCUGGGCCUGAAGCUUGUUGUCACUGGUGACAGUGAGAUCCUCUCUGCAGGUUCGCUGGUUCUGGCAGUGAGGACAGUCGAUGGGACCAACUUCCCAACAACAUCUGUUGACAUUUUCAACACUGAAAAUAUCCAGCUCCGGGGCCUCGGCAGAUCCCGCUCAAAGAGGUCAGGCUCUGCUCUGGGGUCUGUAUUUUUACCCUCCUCCCUCACCACGGGGCUCAGUCCCAACCAGCAGAGGCAGGCCAACAGGGUCCAGUUCACCUUCUACACUAAGUCUGCCUUCUUCCAGGAUGCAGCAUUAGAUAACCAAACUGCUGUCAGUCCAAUCCUGGCUGCCAGUGUGGCCAAUCUGUCUAUAAGCAACCUGAGGGAGAACAUUCAGUUUAAUCGAAAUAUCAACCCUACACAGGCAAACUCCUCCUGUGUAUUUUGGGACUUCACUCAGAAUGGUGGCGGAGGAGGCUGGAGUUCUGACGGCUGCUUUGUUGUCAAUGCCACAAAGGAAGAAACAACCUGCAGCUGCAACCAUCUCACAUCAUUUGCCAUUCUGCUGGAUUUAUCCAGAGAGGGAAUAAUUGACCGUCAGCAUGCGCAGAUUCUCACGUUCAUCACCUACAUCGGCUGUGGAAUCUCUGCCAUUUUCCUCGCCGUCACCUUACUGACAUACCUUUCAUUUCCAAAACUGCUGCGAGAUAUUCCUGCUAAGAUCCUGGUUCAGCUCUGCCUGUCCCUCCUCUUCCUCAACUUGAUCUUCUUAUUGGACGGCUGGCUGGCGCUCUACCCGGCAAUCGGGCUGUGCAUUAGCACGGCCUUCUUCCUGCACUACUUCCUGCUGACAUCAUUCACCUGGGCAGCGCUUGAGGCUCUGCACAUGUACCUGAGCAUCGUGCGGGUGUUUACGCCUUACCUCAGCAGAUACAUGCUCAAGUUCUCACUGAUAGGCUGGGGUAUUCCUCUUCUUAUUGUGAUCAUUGUAAUAGCUGUGGACAAAGACAACUAUGGUCUGGUCACAUAUGGAAGAUACACAGACGGCACUUCAGAUGACUUCUGCUGGCUGCGUAACGACAUCGCCUUCUAUGUGGGCGUGGUGGCCUACUUCCUCCUGAUCUUCGCUCUGUGCCUGGUGGUCUUCAUCGUUGUCAUGGUCCAGCUGUCCCGCAUCAAGAAGCAGAACCCUCAGAACCAGCCUCCCAACAGGAGUGUGAUGACGGAUCUCCGUAGCAUCGCCGGCCUCAUCAUCCUGCUCGGCCUCACCUGGGGGUUCGCCCUCUUUGCCUGGGGACCGCUCUACUUACCCUUUGUUUACCUUUUCUCUAUAUUCAACUCUCUGCAAGGUUUCCUUAUUUUUAUCUUCCACUGUGCUGUGAAGGAGAACGUCCGCAGGCAGUGGAGAACUUAUCUUUGCUGCGGGAAACUGCGACUGGCUGAGAACUCAGAUUGGAGUCGCACAGCCACCCAGAACAACAGGAAUAUGUCGGUUACGACGGCAACCACCUCAGCUCCGCACCUCACCUCCCGAAGCUCCUCCGUUAUCAGUGAUGGCACCAAUAGUAGUGGUUCUGUGUUUGCGGACAGCGGAAUAUCUGACGGCACAAGUGACACUCUGCUCAACGAGAUCCACAGACGAAAUCUGUCACUGCAAGGCGAGGCCUGACAAGUGUGUCAAGCAUCCAUUUAUGAUUACAACAAUUAUUUACUCUGAGAGAGGCGAGGAGACACAGCAAGAGAUUAGUGAUCUCCUGCAUCUCGAGUAAA